CUUUGACCGAUCAGCAGCGCGACUUCCUGGGCCCGUCUGUAAUGCCGGAGACUGAUGCUGGUUAUGAAGAUGGCGUGGAGGAACGAGUUAUCAAUGAAGAGUACAAAAUCUGGAAGAAGAACACUCCGUUUCUAUAUGACAUGGUUAUGACACACGCACUUGAAUGGCCAAGUCUGACUGCGCAGUGGUUACCGGAAGUUACACGACCCGAGGGCAAAGACUAUUCUGUCCAUCGUCUCAUUUUGGGUACCCAUACUUCGGAUGAACAGAACCAUCUGCUCAUUGCCAGUGUGCAUAUGCCAAAUGACGAUGCACAGUUCGAUCCAAACAGCUACGAUGUUGAACGUGGGGAAUUUGGUGGCUUCGGAGCAGUGUCUGGCAAGAUUGAUAUCAACAUCAAGAUCAACCACGAGGGUGAGGUAAAUCGCGCCCGCUAUAUGCCUCAAAAUCCUUGUGUAAUCGCCACCAAGACUCCAAGCUCCGAUGUUCUGGUGUUUGACUACACCAAGCAUCCGAGCAAACCGGACCCUUCGGGCGCCUGCAAACCUGAACUACGGCUUCGAGGGCAUCAGAAAGAGGGGUAUGGGCUCUCGUGGAAUCCAAAUCUAAACGGAUACCUGCUUUCGGCUUCUGACGAUCAUACUAUUUGCAUGUGGGACAUCAACGCAACACCAAAGGAGGGCCGAAUCAUCGACGCGAAGACCAUUUUCACGGGGCACACCAGCGUCGUGGAGGAUGUCAGUUGGCAUCCGUUGCAUGAGUCGAUUUUCGGCUCCGUUGCGGAUGACAAAAAGUUGAUGAUUUGGGACACACGAAGCGGUUGUACCACCAAGCCGAGCCACACAGUGGAAUCUCACCUCGCUGAAGUCAAUUGUCUCUCGUUCAAUCCUUUCAGUGAGUAUAUACUCGCCACGGGCAGUGCUGAUCGUACAGUGGCCCUUUGGGAUUUGAGGAGUUUGCAGAUGAAACUGCACUCAUUCGAGUCACAUAAGGAUGAAAUAUUCCAGUAUCGCCGACCGGUUAGUCCACGACACGCCCUGACAUCUAACUGGACUCGGCGUGCACUGUACCGUGCAGCCUAG